UAUUUAUGUGGUUUAAGCAGAUCGGAGCGUGGAGGAGGAGGACUUCCCAUAAUGGGCGUUUCUUUCCAUAAGUUCUCUGAAAGGUGUGGCUGCUUGUGCUCACUGUGUGAAAACAUCUAUUCUGCCGUCAGAUCUGUUCAUUUGGGUUGAAACCCUUUUUCUCCAACUGUAAACAUGUCUGUUUGGGAUGACCUGGACCUGCUGUUAGAUUCCCCCUCCGCUUCCUCUUUGCCUUCAGUCACUUCCACAUCUAACACAAGAGGAAGUGUGAAGGACAAGCCAAAUUUCAAAGUGGAAGAAGAUGUUGCUGCUCUAAGAAAAGCCAUAGAGGGCAUUGGCACCACAGAGCAGACACUGAUUGACAUUCUGACCCAAAGAAGUAGUGCUCAGCGUCAGCAGAUCGCAACGGCUUAUGAGAAAACAACAAAAAGGACACUUAUUUCUGACCUGAAGGGUGACACUCAUGGAGACUUUGAGGAGGUGUUAGUUGCUUUGGUAACACCUCCUGCAGCCUUUGACUGUCACGAAGUAUUGAAAGCCACUAAGGGUGCAGGGACAAACGAACGUACUCUGACUGAAAUCUUUGCUUCGAGAUCCAACCAACAGAUCAAGGCCAUGUCUGAGGUUUUCCUGAAAGAGAGUGGCAAACCUCUGAUUGAUCUUCUGAAGUCUGAGGUUUCUGGAGAUUACGGCAAAGCUCUGCUCAUCUUGGCUGAGGGAAAGAGAGAUGAGAGCACCAAUGUGGACGUUGCCAAAGCUAAGGCAGAUGCUAAGGCAUUGUAUGAAGCAGGAGAGAAGAAGUGGGGCACUGAUGAGGCCAAGUUCAUCGACAUCCUCUGCCACAGGAGUUUUCCUCAUCUUCGACAAGUGAUUGUUGAGUACAAGAAUAUCAGCAAGAAGAGUCUGCAGGAGGCAAUUGAGGGUGAGAUGUCUGGAAACCUGGAGAAACUCUUAGUGGCCAUAGUGAAGUGUGCGAUCAAUGUUCCCGUUUACUUUGCUGAGAGGCUUUUCAAGAGCAUGAAGGGUGUAGGAACCACAGAGUCCAUCCUGACCAGGAUACUGGUCAGCCGCUGUGAGGUUGAUCUAUUGGACAUCAGAGCUGAAUACAAGAAGCUGUACGGUGUCUCUCUCUACUCCCAGCUGGAGUCUGAAGUAUCAGGUGAUUAUGGUAAAACCCUGAAGCAGCUGUGUGGCCAGGAUGGCUGAAGCCUGAAAACAAGUGCUGUGAAGGAACGAGUGGAGUAGAAGGGAAGACCUAGUCGGCUCCAGAUGCAUUAUGGCUGAUUUUAAGUGAAUGUUGUACUUUAGAAUUUACUGUCCAUUUACUUAAGACACUUUGUAUGCAUACUGCAUGUAGGCACUGUUGUCAGUGAUGUAUUAACUCCAUUUUUACUUGUUCUAGGUCACAAUAGCACAAUAGAAAAUAGUUUCAUUUAACAGAAAUACAAGUAUACUUUUGAUCAGAGUGAAAACCAAACAUUUAUACAAAAAGAUUGUUUAUUUAACCGUUUUGUUUAUAUUGCUAUAGCCCACUCCGACACAAGUCAUCAGAACUUUCUCUCCACCCUUUCGCUCGUCUUCUGAUGGCUUCUGGACCUUAAUCUUGAACAUGACCUGGAAGAAAUCUCUGAUGUGUCUCAGGAACUCGAUUCUGUAGAGGGACAGAGGUGGUUUCAUUUAAAAAAUGGCUUCAUUAAACGGUCAGUAAAUAAAGCACAGAGCUGGGCCAGUGGAGGUUAAAGUCAGCUUUCUUUACUCUGGUGCCCAUUAUUCAUGUUAAAAAACAACUUUUGUGCACGUCUGAGAUUUCCACAUUACCUGAGAUGAGUGUUUUGUGAUGGCACUGCCAAUCUUCAGUUAUCAUAGUACUGUACUUGACAGGGACACAGCACCGGUACCAUGAUAGCUGAAAAUGGACAGCUCGUUCCUUUUAACAAACACUAAUAAAAGUUCAUCCACAUUUCUUUACAGUGCAGUUCUCCUUUAAAUAUAAUCAUUUACUAAAACACACAUCAAUGAAAACGCAAACGAGUGUCCAGCUGGCUGUUUCCUCCUAGCCGUUAAUGUAAGGACUAAUAAAUAAAAACAUGUGGAACAGA